UACCGAAACCCUAGUUGUGUGCCAUAUGUAUUCAUACAUAUUUCUCUCCGUCCCGACACAAACAUGCACAACUCAAUCAUGAGUACGGGAGAAGAAGAGUUAGUUCCCAUCCCGAAUGAUCUCAUCGUCGAUAUAUUCUCGAGACUGCCUGCAGAGUCAGUAGCCAGGUGUCGUUGUCUGUCGAAGCUGUGGGGAUCCAUACUCCACCGUCCAUAUUUCACCGAGUUGUUAUUGACUAGGUCAUGGGCUCGUCCACGUCUCUUAUUCGCCCUUAAACGACAAGGCUCCUGGAGCUUCUAUUCUCUGCCUCAGCUUCGACAAGAUCUAUAUCAUGACAACAAGGCGUCGCCUCCUCUAGUAGCCUAUCCAGAUUUUCAUUUGAAGUUUCCCGAACACAUUUGUCCAGAAUAUCAUGGCUUUACCUCUGGUUUGAUCUUUUUCUCUAGCAUGCGGAUCACACCGAAGGUUCGUAAGGAGGAGACUGUGAUCUGUAAACCUAGAACGGGGCAAUAUGCGAGCGUACCUAAACUGUUAAGGGAUGGGAAAAGCUUUUUAGGGUUUGAUCCUAUUGGCAAGCAAUUCAAGGUAUUGUUCAUCGAUCAGACAGUUACAUAUUCUCCAGAUGUUAACAGAGUUUUGACUCUAGGAAAUGGAAUAAUGGAGUGGAGGAAGAUCAAUUGUCCCUGGUCUUUAUUUCAAUGUGUUUUGGAUGAAGGGAUAUGCAUCAAUGGGAUUUUGUUUUUCUUAGCCAAACGACGUCAUUUUGGGCCGUGUGAUGUGAAUAUAGUUUGCUUUGAUGUUAGGUCUGAGGAAUUCAAGUGUACUGGUGUAGUAGAAUGGGAUAGUAGCUAUGCUAAAUUGGUGAAUUACAAGGGAAAACUAGGUGUGGUUACUUGGAAGGGACUGUAUGAGUUAAGUAUAUCGGUUCUAGAGGAUGUUGAGAAACACGAAUGGUCUGAAUAUGUCUACACUUUGCCGGAGAAUAACAUCCUUGAUUCCUUCAAUUAUUUCAUCGCUGGAGUGACAGCUACGGGUGAAAUUGUUUUCUCGAGGAAUGUUACACGUGGACCGUUUUAUGUUGUCUACUUCAGUCUCGAAAGCAGCACUCUACAAAGUGUUGAAAUCCGAGGUUUGGAGAGUGGUCAUAGAGUUUGCGCUUAUGUAGACCUUGUAGAGGAUAUUUAUAAUGUUAACGAUGCAAAGUACCUCAAGUCAAGCCCACGCCUAAAUGACGUCAUUACCAUUAGGCCAAAACCAAAAAAGCUCAACUCUGCGCCGUCGUCUGUGAAGAACGAGCAGUCGGCAAGCCUCCUCCUGCAGAACAGGCAGUGGACAACCCUCCUUCAGAACAAGUUAGAUAUGUUAGCGAACUUCGACGACUGA